AGCAGCUACCACUGCUUCUUAAAACCUAGGUACUCCUCAUUACAGACUGAUAGACAGAGAGCAGGAGAGAGCUGGAGGCAGUUCUAGGAGAGCACCAGGGAAAGAAAGUGAGAAACUGUGAACAGGGAAAGUUAGGAAAAGUAAGAAGUCCUACUUGUAAGCUCCCUCUUCCCUGACUGCUGCCUCCCCACUCCACUACCUGAGGCACAUACACACACACACACAGGGAGGUGUUUCAGGGAGGCUUAGAGGGUCGACUCUCCAGGGAAGAAGGGAAUUAAACACUUUUGUUUUCAAUCCGCUGCGUUCAUACUCAGGAGAAAAAAAGGGAUUACAGCUUUCACGCCUGCCCCCCCUUGUUUCUCUCUUCUCCUUGCAUUUUGUCUUCACUGAGUUACUUUGGAGACUUUGGAUAUAACCUUCUUGAAUUGUUGGUCUGAACUCGUAGAGGCAUGGCAAACGGACAAAAGAGCCCCAGGUGGGCAUUAACCCAGGGCUCCUUCAGCUUGGCACUGGGCCUGUCGCCCUUCUCCCUCCUCCUCCUCCUUACCGUCUCGGCCGCAGAUGAGUAUGACUACUACAGCUGGCAGUCGGACAACUUCCACAAUGGCCGCUUCUACACCAAGCAGCCCCAGUGUCUGGACAUACCAGCUGACCUGCGCCUGUGCCACAAUGUGGGCUACAAGAAGAUGAGGCUGCCCAACCUCCUGGACCACGAGACCAUGCCCGAAGUUAAGCAGCAGGCAGGCAGUUGGGUGCCCCUCCUGGCCAAACGGUGCCAUGCUGAUACGCAGGUCUUCCUGUGCUCACUGUUUGCACCAGUGUGCCUAGACAGGCCCAUCUACCCUUGCCGCUCACUGUGCGAGGCUGUCAGGGACAGCUGUGCUCCGGUGAUGGAGACCUACGGCUUUCCCUGGCCGGAGAUGCUGACCUGUGACAAGUUCCCCAUUGAUAACGACCUGUGCAUCCCCAUGCAGUUCACCGGGAACCAUGCGACCCAGCCACCAGUGUCAAAGGUGUGCCCACCGUGUGACAAUGAGCUGAAGAAAGACAACAUCAUGGAGCAUUACUGUGCAAGUGACUUUGUCCUAAAGAUGAAAAUCAAGGAGGUGAAAAAGGAAAAGGGUGACCGGAAGCUAAUUGCAGCACAAAAGAAGAAGAAAGUUCUGAAGCAGGGCGUGCUGAGGAAGAAGGACCUGAAGAAGCUGACCUUGUACAUUAAGAAUGGUGCCAACUGUCCGUGCUCCCAGCUGGACAGCCUGGGCUCCAACUUCCUCAUCAUGGGCCGCAAAGUGGACCAACAACUGCUUCUCACGUCCAUUCACAAGUGGGACAAGAAGAGCAAGGAGCUCAAGGUCGCCAUCAAAUACAUGAAGUCCCAUCAGUGCCCCACCUACCACACCGUCUUCCAGUGACCUGCUUCACUGCAGUGUUCGCUGAACUUUCCACAACUUUGCUUUUCAGAUUCAACCUUUGUUUCACUUAGAUUAUAGCAGUUAUUUCACUAAUGCAUCCCUGAGUCAUGAAUCCUAUAAAAUCUUUUACCAGCCCCGAAGCUAAACACGAAUCAGGUAGUUGUCCUUUUCUCCUUUGAUGUUAGAGAUCAUUAUUAUUAUUAUUGGAGAGAGGAAAACUGCUUUUUAAAUAAGUCAAGUCCCUCCCUUCCAUCAAAAAAAGACAAUAAUAAUGAUUUCAUAUUGAUUCACACCCUGGAAUCUAAUGUACUCUUCAUUAAUAUGCUUGCCUAUUCUGAUAUUAUAGAAUCACUUAAAUCAUAUCCUAAAGCAAUCUUCUUAGAUAUCAGCAUUAAGAAAUGGAAAUUUAACUACUGGAAAGAAAACUCAGCUCGACGCUGUAGUGAAAUGAAAAUUAUGGGAAGGUUUGUUUCUGUGCAAAAAGUGCCGAGAGCAAUGAGAGAGUGAACGUAUGUGGGUUGUGUGAUGUACCAGUGCACACGCUGGCACAGUGCUCCAAGGAACAACAUCAAAGCACAGAAAUAUUGAUGAUCCUCUUAACUGCAUGUUGUAAAAAGUAGGUAAUUCAGACCAAUACUAAAUGCUUAGAAAACUGGGAUUUGUUCUUUUUUCUUAUCCAUGCUGGGAACGAAGACUGAUGGAAUGAGACAGACUGACUGAUGCUUCCACUGACUUUGUACAGAACCAUUUCUGUGGCCUGAAAGAGGGAAACUUGAAUAUUUUUUUACUUUUUAAUUUUGAAAGAGAAUAAAGUUAGGGCAGUGAAGGCAUCGUCUGGAAAACAAGUGGAGAAUAAAAGAGAAAGAAAGAGAGAGAGACUCUGGACACAACCAACAAUGUUGGAUUCAUAAGUCUCUUGUACUCGGUAUUUUUCACUAUCAGUCUUCAAAUGUUUCUUUUCUUGUACUUUUUUAUUUUAUUUUAAAUGCUUCAGUUAAACAUCUAUGGUAUGAAAACAAAAAAUCCUACACAAAGAGCACCUGAAUACACUGUUGAUGUAACAAUGAGAGAUUUUUUUUUUCUAACCUAUUAACCUGUAAGUAGUUCUGUUACUGAAAUAGAUCUUUGUUUUACAGAAAAAGUUAAUGAAUAAAAUAUAUUUUAAAUUUUUAUAAAGAACACCUGCUUGAAAUGUCAUGUUUCACAUUUAUUACCAAUAAACCACAAAGUGUAUAUUCAUGCCUAAAAAGAUUAUUUUCAGACUAUCAUCUGCAUAAAAUGUUCGACUGGUUUAAAAAAAAAAAAGCGCGUAAGUAACUAACACACUUGAAUGAGGAUGCUCAGUAUUUUACGACUUCAUUUAUUUUUUUAACAUUUUUCAUAUUAAACAGAUACUUUUCUCACUGGCCAAUUAGCUGCAAUAAAAUGGGACGAAUAGAAAAGGAAACUACUCUGAUUUACACUUUUUAAAUUUUUUAAUCUACCACACCAACUUUCAAAGCAUAAAAUAAAGUUGACAAGUUGAAAA